UCACCAGUUGAAUAGAGGAAAAAUAUGGAAUGUAAAGGGCUAUAUUAGCUAUGUAGAUUUACUUUCUUAGCGUCUGACAUGUUUGUUAAUAAUUUUUACAUUUGCCAACGUUGUAUAAAUGUAAAUUCGUUAUUUUUUAAUAAAAAUGUCUAGAACCAUGCAGUUCAGUGGCGGUUGAACGUUAUGUCAGUGAGCGCGUGCCACUGGCGGCAAUUCCUACAGUUAGCCUAGCUAUGGAAAGAUUCUUGAUAGAUAAACAAACGAACUUAUGAGAGUUAUAAUAAUGUGAACAACUCACAGGAGUUAUGUUUUACAUCUUAAAUGUUUUCUUUUAAUUUCUUGUGUAACAAGUUAUUUUCAAUCAGUCUCACUUCUGGAAAAUGCUGUACAGACUUUUCAGUAUCCCAGGCAAUCAUAUUUUCCCCAGAGUUGAACACUAUACAAAACAUCUGUAACCGCAAUGAAGGUGGAAUUUCAGAACUGAAAACAUGUUUGUUGUGUAAGCAGUGUUUUGUUUUGGAGAAACAUUUCUUAGUACAGAUAAGAGUGUUCUAAAAGUAUUACGAAUGAGAAACAUAAUUGUAAAGACUGGUCUUUAAAAAAAUUAUUGAAUGUAAAUGUAACAGACAUGGUAUUCCGCCGUCAGAGGUAAACGGGCCGAUGUUCGCCCCUCACUGGGGUCGAGCACGCCACCUCUGACUUGCCAAGCCCGACCACUACCAGCUAACGCCAAUGAAAAGCUAGCUAGUCGUUGGUGCGGGUGGCCUGUUUGCAUACUUGAGGAGUCUCCCACAUAUUGUAAAUAUGGAGGGAAUAAGACAAGGAAAUCCCAAAUCCUUAACAAGAGGACUGAUGAUUGCCUUGUUGGCCACUACCAUGGUAGUGGUGUACUUCACAUCUGGCCCAGGGGCACCCCAUCUUUACCUUGAGCAGUUGCCUCUUUCCUGCCUUCCCAGCUCGGCGAUAUCAGAGCAGGACAAUCAAACCAACUCCUCUCAGAGCACAACGUGUUCUCCAAAGUUUGACGUCAUGUUCAUGAAGACACACAAGACCGCCAGCAGCACAUUACUCAACAUUCUUUUCCGCUUCGGUGAGAAGCACAGGUUGAAGUUCGCCUUUCCAGACGGACGGAAUGACUUCUACUACCCAUCUCCUUUCCACCGUUCCCAGGUGAGGAAUUAUCGCCCCGGGGCCUGUUUUAACAUCAUUUGUAACCACAUGCGUUUUGACGGCCGUGAGGUCUCCAGGCUUCUCCCCUCUGAUUCUGCCUACAUCACCAUCCUGCGGGAUCCGGCCCGACUCUUUGAGUCGUCCUUCCAUUACUAUCGCAGCAUGAUCCCUCUCACAUGGCGGAUCCCCGGACCCCACAAACUAGCCGAGUUCCUGUCCUCCCCCCGAACCUACUACAAACCAGAUGGUUACAACUCCUUCUACCUCAAAAACUUGCUCUUUUUCGACUUCGGGUUCGACAACAACCUGGAGGCGGACGAUCCCAGUGUGGAGACGGGCGUCCGCGCGCUGGCCGAACGCUUCGACCUGGUCCUCAUCGCGGAGCACUUCGAGGAGUCCCUCGUCCUGCUCAGAGACGCCCUCUGCUGGACGACGGACGACCUGCUUUUCUUCAGCCUCAACGCCCGGAGGACGGCGUCCGUGUCCCGGUUGAGCCCGGAGCAGAGAGCCAAGGCCCGGGACUGGAAUGGGGUCGACUGGAGGCUCUACCGGCACUUCAACGGCACGCUGUGGGCGAAGGUGGAGGCGUACGGGCGGGCAAGGAUGGAGCGGGACGUGAAGGAGCUGAGGAAGAGAAAUGCAGAGAUGAGGGGGAUCUGCCUCGUGGGUGGAGGUGCCGUGGAGGCAGGGAUGAUCCGGGAUAAGGAUAUGCUUCCUUGGCAGCCAGUUGGGGAAACCUCCAUCCUGGGCUACAAUUUGAGAAAUGACAUUGACCCCCAACACAGGACACUGUGUCGUAAAAUGCUCACGCCUGAAAUACAGUACUUAUCCAACCUAGGUGUCAACCUGUGGCUCACGCAGUUAUGGGGCUGGUUGAAGGAUCUUCUCUGUUAGGCAAAGACUGCCUGAGGACUUGGAAUGCAAGACUGGAACCUCAGGCAUUUCAUUUUACAAUUACAUUAGAAAAAACAUGUUUUAUAUGAUGAAACUAAACAAGUUGACAAGUAAACAAGUUUUCUGUUUUACCACUUUG